AUGAUUCUCGCAAUCGGUUCAGUGCUUCCAUUUCUGAAUGGCACCCACGACCAGCACCCCGAAGGAUACUAUCUCGCCGCCCUGCAACGUAUGGAUUCAGACUUUCUUACACGAGGCCUAGCCUCCAUCCAAAAUCUACUCUUGAUAUGCCGCUUUGGUAUCUAUCAUCGGAUAGAAGGUACGUCCAUUUGGGAUGUCAUUCGGCUGUGUGGUCGCCUGUGCAUCGAACAAGGAUUGCACCACAAUGAUCACGACUCCAUGAACUUCAUGCAAGUUCAAAUGAAGCGACGAGUGUUCUGGCAAGUCUACAUGAUCGACAGAUAUAGCUCUACGGUCUUGGGAAAACCAUUUAGUAUUGAUGAUCGCGAUAUUGAAGUCGGCUUUCCGGCAGAUGCAAAUGACGAGGAUAUUGUCACUGCUAAUCAAAUUUCAAGCAAUUUUGAGGCUUUUCGAUCAUCCCACGUCGCCCUUGACACGACCGAGAUGACCGUCUUCUUCAUCUCCGUGCGUUUGCGGCAAAUCUCUUCCAAAAUCCACUCCGAAUUUUCGAGACUCGCCUGCAAGUACCUCCAACCUUCCAGGAGCCAUCUGGCCCCUGGUCAUAUAUUUCAAACUCUCAGCUGCUUGAUGCAAGACCUACAGCACUGGAGAGAUAAUUGCCCGGCAUUCCAGCAGCCCAAGUGUCUGUAUGAGUCGCAGGAUUGGUAUGAUCUUUUGCUAGCUAGGGAGCAACUCUACCUAGUUCGACGAGCCAUUGAUCUUAUGCCCAAGCGAGGCGGGAAGACGCCCCAUCAUAUUUCCGUCCUAUGCCUCAGAAUUGCACUUCGAACAAUUUGGGCUUACUCAAAACUGUGCCAACAGCGACCACGUACCACGCAUACCCGCAGCUAUUUUCACAUGAUGUUUACUGCUGGUCUUUCGGUGCUGUUUUGUGUCUCUACCGCAACCAGAAUAGAGAAGGAAGGUCUUUCGGAUGCUUCAGCCGGAUUGAUUCAGUGUGAAGAGACACUAAAGAACAUGGCGGAGCAGUUGCCAAGUGCCAAACAAUAUGUUGGCGUCUUUGGAGCUCUUCGACGAAACACCACUCGAAAACUAGACAAAGUUCUCGAGACUUUACAAUCUGACGUCCUAUCUCAAGGCAAAACACUGGAAUACCCGAGAGCCGGGUUCCGGCAAUCAUCAGAAAGAUUCUCUGAACCUCUAGUAGCCUCAGGAUCUUCGAUUCUUGGUUCUCAGUGCGUCUUAGAACCCAGUGCCCUGGGUACGAAUCUUGAUGCCAGAGUUCAAGAACCAAACAUUCCAGGAAGCAUUCCGAGCAACCUUUCGUUUGUGCCUGCCGUCGAGAGAGCCACAGUGGGCAAUCCUACAACAUUAUCCCACGGUUCGAGGGAGACGGAUGGGCCAAUACCAGCCACAGCCACCUUUUCCCCGGGAAACGGUUUCAUGGACUGGGCGCUUUUAGGAGACGAGGCACUAUGGAAUAUGGAAUCCGCCUUGGGGGAAUAUGUGUACGGUGAUCCAGAGAGGCAUAUUGGAGCGUUGGAUGCGUUUGAGUUUCAAUGA